AAAUCCGACCAAACCGGAAGUUGACAGUUAGCAUACCGUAGCUAAGUCUCCCUAGUGAGUGUGUGUGUGAGUGUGUAUGUGUGUUCAGGUGUGAAAAUGUUACCUUUAUCUAUUAAAGACGACGAGUAUAAACCUGCCAAAUUUAACCUGCUGUUGAAGCUCUCAGGAUGGUUCAGGUCGAUACUCGCGGAUAAAACCUCCAGGAAUUUGUUUUUCUUUCUCUGCCUGAACCUCUCGUUCGCCUUCGUGGAGUUAACGUACGGAAUAUGGAGUAACAGUUUAGGUCUCAUCUCAGACUCCUUCCACAUGUUCUUCGACUGCACUGCUCUGCUAGCAGGUCUGGCAGCCUCCGUCAUCUCCAGGUGGAGAUCCAACGACAGCUUCUCCUACGGUUAUGUCAGAGCGGAGGUUCUUGCUGGUUUCGUCAACGGACUCUUCCUCAUCUUCACAGCCUUCUUCAUCUUUUCUGAAGGAGUUGAGAGAGCUCUGGAGCCUCCUGAUGUGCACCACGAGCGGCUGCUUCCUGUCUCUGUGGCCGGGCUCAUCGUCAACCUGGUCGGGAUUUUUGUUUUCCAGCAUGGAGGCCACGGCCACUCACAUGGAGAGGGAGGUCACGGUCACAGCCACUCUCUGUUUAAUGGCAGUCUGAACCACGGCCACAGUCACGGUGGCCACGACCACCAUCACAAACACGCAGACCAGCACAGUCACGGAGGACAUGGACACAGUCACGGUGGACAUGGACACAGUCACGGAGGACAUGGACACAGUCACGGAGGACACGAUGAACCACACUGUCACGACGAGCUGCACACUCCGGGGAAAGGAUCCAGUAAACAGAUCCUGCAGGGUGUCCUGCUGCAUAUCAUCGCUGACACUCUGGGCAGCGUCGGUGUGAUCAUCUCUGCUCUGCUGAUGCAGAAAUACGACCUGAUGAUCGCUGAUCCCAUCUGCUCCAUGCUGAUCGCCAUCCUCAUCGGAGUCAGCGUGGUGCCGUUACUGAGAGAGUCCAUCGGGAUCCUGAUGCAGAGAACUCCUCCGUCACUGGACCACGCCCUGCCAGAGUGUUAUCAGAGGGUGCAGCAGCUGCAGGGAGUUUACAACCUGCAGGAGCCUCACUUCUGGACGCUGUGCACUGACGUUUACAUCGGAACAUUAAAGCUGCUGGUCGCCCCUGAUGCUGACACCCGUUGGAUCCUCAGCCAGACGCACCACAUCUUCACACAGGCUGGAGUGCGACAGCUGUACGUUCAGAUCGAAACGGCCGCCAUGUAGAAGCUCCUCCUCUGAACACCAGGGACCAAGCACCUUCAGUCUGCUGCUGCAGGUGACCUGCCCCAUCCCCCUCCACCCCGACUACUUAAAGGUCAGACUGAGGGGGGGCAGUGAGAAUUUGACUGUGAUCUCCCCCUAUGAUGCUCCAGCCCAACGCAUCCUGGAUGAACUCAAAUCACCCCCACCAUUUUAACCUUAUGUGUCCCAGUCGGCUGGCAGUGUGCCCCCCUCCUCCCAGCUGCACCUUGUAGACUGGAGCAAAGCAUUCUGGGUAAGUGCCUUCAUCAGAAAUCAGAGACAAUCUGAGCCCACCUCCUGUCUGGAUGACCCCUCCCAUAAUGUGACAUCAUUGCUUGGAUGAGACUGUUGAUUGGUCUCUAGUGUGUGAUGUCACUUUGUGCGUUUUUUUUCUUCUUUUUUUUUAAACGUGCCAAACCAUGUGACCAAACCAUUUGACCAGUCGGCAGGUAUUAAGUUUGUUUUUUUGUUUUUUUUUAACUGUAAUAAAUAUUUCUGUUUCUCUGA